CCUCUCUCUCUCUCUCUCGCUCUGAUGGCAAACUCACUAGAAUCUAGUGAUGGUGGCGCCGCCGAACUCCAACGGAGCCUUGUCGAGACAACUGUUGAACCGCCAUUCGACGGCAAACCACAAUCUGAAAACAACGGCAAUCUCCGCGCCUUUGCUCCUGGGCAAGAACACACCUACCAAGAAUCUGAUUCAUACGACGCCGUCUCAGAGAUGAUUGUUAUCCCACAAAUUCAAGAACAAACAUCUACCGAGAAGCAAGAACAACUCCAGCUUCAGAUUGAAGAACAAAUAUCUACAGCGAAACAAGAACAAGUGCAGGUCAAGUUUUCGGAGAAAUGCCCCACUGAGAAGAUUGUUGCCGAGCCUUCUCCCCUUGUAAAUAGGAAGUUGCAAGAAACCAAAGAGAAGAAGCCUAGACGAAGGGGAGGAAGGGGUAGGAGAAACAACAAUGAAAUUUUGAACAGUUACUCCACCAUUGAAAAGAAGGAAAAGAAGGGGUAUCAGUAUUCGAGAGAGAUGAUGGAGUCUCUGAGGUUUGAGGAAAUAGAUGAGCAAAAGAAGAGGUGGGUUGAAGUUUACUGUGGGCUCGGUCCGUUGGUCGCGAAGGAGUACGAUGAACUUGUCGACUUCAAUAAAAGUGUCCCGGAUGUCGACUUUGAUCCUAGGCUCAAGUUCCGGAAAUCUGCGAAACAUGUUGAGGACUUCCCACAAGUUGUGGAAGAUCACUUUAAAAAUUUGGAUGCGUCGGAUUCUUCCUCAAUUGUGGAGGAAGAAGAGUGCAGCCAAGAAGAUGAUGAUAGUGAUGAUGAUUACGGCAGUAUUCAGAGGCCUGUAUUUAUGGUUACAGGGGAACCCGAUUUCGACUCUGGACCUCCACAAGAUGGACUUGAAUAUCUCAGACGUGUAAGGUGGGAGACUGCUAGAAUUCCCAAGGUAACAGUUGCCAAGAUAAACAAAAGAAAAGAACAGAGUACAUAUAUGCCUCAAAUUCCUGGUAUUAUGCAGUGCCCACAGAGUUUAUUGCCACUCAAAGAGUGGGAGGACUGCUUUCUUGCCGAUUUUUCUGAGCUGAGACUUGAUUUUGCGAGGCUCGAUCUCGAGGGUUCCGGUGGAACCUCUUCAAUCAAACCAGAGUCUAUUGAAGGCGGAGAUAUUUUGAAUCAAAUGAUCGAAAGCAAUAACAGCUUUGAGAAAAUCGUUAGCUUAGCAUCUUCCGAAACAAGUGAUGCUAAAGUCACUCAACACUCACCUGAAAAUUCGAGUUUGACAAAUGACCUCCCUACCCUCUCGACAAUUCUGAAAAUGGAAUCUGCUGCUCGAACAUCAAUGCUGAAAAGACGAAUAAGGGCAAUAGAAAACGUGAGCACGUUAUCACACGACGACGGUUUAUGGCUGUUUGCUCUUUGCGUCGCAGUAGAUUGUCCCCUCGAUGCAGAUACUAGUGCGGCCCUACGCUCUCUACUCCGAAAGUGCGCUAGUUUGCGAGCUGGCAAAACACACGUGGAUGAUGAAGUUGUUGCUCUGAAUAUUCUCAUGACGAUAUCUGGUAGAUAUUUUGGGCAGUUGGAGUGUGUUGAGAAAUAGUUUAUACUUGAAUUAUCUUAGUUAAAAUUACUGCAGUGAGGAAUAUGCUGCUGCAGUAAAGUUUUCAAAAUGGGGUUGUAUGAGCAUCAAAUUUUAGUUGUAUGAUUUAUUGAAGGCUAUUGAAACUACAUCCUUGUCACAUCUCAUCAGGGACAAUUGUAGAAUUUAUUCAUUUUUCGAUAUUUUCAUUCAUGCAUGUAGGAUUGGGC